ACCAGCCAGACUAAGACGUUGGUUCAUUUUGGGCCCCCGUUUUGACCGAAGACACAGUAGCAUAUCAAUUUCAGUUGGAGAUAGCUGUGAGUAGUGAGAGGGAGGAAGACAUAGACAUAAAGAAGGAGAAGUGAAGUGAUGAAUGCCCCAGAUCGUUACGAGCGUUUCGUUGUCCCUGAAGGCACCAAAAAGGUUUCUUAUGAGAGGGACACAAAGAUCAUCAAUGCCGCGUCCUUCACCAUCGAGAGAGAGGAGCACACUAUCGGCAACAUCCUCCGCAUGCAGCUUCACAGAGACCCCAAUGUGUUGUUUGCCGGAUACAAGCUUCCUCACCCUCUUCAAUACAAAAUUAUCGUCAGGAUACACACCACUAGUCAGUCUUCGCCAAUGCAGGCAUAUAACCAGUCUAUUAAUGAUCUGGACAGGGAACUUGAUCAUUUAAAGAGUGCCUUUGAGGCAGAGAUGUUGAAGUUUUCUAGGGACUAUUGAUUUACGGUCAAGAUUGAUGGUGUUGCAUUACAAACCCUGGCAGAUAUUGAGAUGGCGAAUCAUUUCUGCUAAAUGGAAUUUAAACAGGAUGCUUUUGAGUGUUUUGGGAGAUUUGUUAAAUAUGGAUGUGUCGGAGGAAUUUUAACAAUUGUGAUUUGUGAACAAUUACGAAGUUAACAAAAAUGCUUUAACAGGAGCAAUUGCAUCAUAUAAUGCUAGUUAUGUUAGCAACUAUUAGUAAAUAUCUGUCACAUGGAUCUUAUAUAUAAUGGUCUUAUUGUAGAAUUAUUUACUGUGCCAAGUAUACGCCGUUGAGGGCAUUGUCUGGUGACGAGCAAUCAGUUAUAUGGUUUGGAACUUUGGAUUAUUUUAGUAAAAUGGUUUAGAGAGUAGCCUUCCAUUGUUGGGGGUGUAA